GAGAUUUUUUUUUCCCCAAAAGAGCAAUGUUAAUCCCAGUAAAGUUCUUAUCUUCUAAUCCUAACUUUAGGCAUUUAGCUCUGCUUUCGGGAUCUCCGAUCUAAACUAUUUUCUGUUAUCUUCGGGAUUGGGUUUGGAUGAGACUUGAGGGAGAGUGUCUGUGAGAGAUUUUACUUCAUUUGCUCGUGAGUCGAGAGUCUCGUGACCCAACAAUUAAAAUAGAGGGAAGGAAGAAUUUGUGUUGGCCUCUUAACUGUGUUGUGUUGGGUGGGUGAUUGAGAGGAUUUUGUUUAUGUGGAUAGAAAUAGCUUGAGCUGUUUCUUCUCGAAAAUUUAAUGGCGUCCAUCCCCUGUUCUAUUCAACUUAUCCUUCCUUCAACCGUUUAUACUUCUUCUUCUUCUUCUUCUGGGUCGUCUUCUUUUUCUUCUUUCUCCAAGUUAACUUCUCAGUUUCUGGGUAUUCGAAAGAAGCUAGGAUGGUUCAGAGCUUCAAGAAUUUCAUCCAAAAUCGGACCCAGUACUGGUUCCAGAGCAAAAUGUUGGUUCAAGUUCGGAAAGAAUGGUGUUGAUGCUGAAGGUGCUGGUAUUUAUGGUAGCCAAUCCCGUGAAGAUUUCGAUCGCGACGAUGUCGAACAGUAUUUCAAUUACAUGGGAAUGCUUGCAGUUGAGGGUACUUAUGAAAAGAUGGAGGCCCUUUUAAGCCAAAACAUUCACCCUGUAGACAUCUUAUUGAUGAUGGCUGCCUCAGAGGGGGACAAACCAAAAAUUGAGGAACUGCUGAGAGCAGGAGCUAGUUACACUGUCAAAGAUGCCGAUGGAAGGACCGCGGUUGAUAGAGCAGUCAGUGAUGAAAUCAAGGAAUUAAUCCUUGGUUUUUCAGUUCAGAAGACAUGAUUAAAGAUUUUUUUGUUUUUUUGUUUUGGAUUUAAGAGAUCCCCUUUUUUCCUUUAGAUUUCCCUUAUUUCUUGCUUUGGGAUUGUCAUUUAUUUAUGUUUCCUUAGAUGUAAUUAAAUUUUACGAAGGGCAAAGAACUGAAAUAGCUAUAGGAAGUACUAUCUACUUCUGUGUGUUUGGACUGCUCUCUUGUUUUUUCGAUUUGAAUGUUCUCUAGCAAAUCAACUCUUUCCCAACAGAUUUUGAAAUGAUAGAGAAAAAAACAGGAGAUAACUAAAUUUGCA